CAAUACCUGCUACUUCUCUCCUCUCCGAUCCUCCUAGACUGGAUCAAUUCCUACCUAGCUCUCUCUCUAGAUCGAUGCCCAAAACACAUGGUAAUUAAUCGAGCUAGCAUUGCGACCUAGAGAGAGAAAGGUUACUUGCAUCUGUUCAUCUCUGUGCUGUGCUUCUAUCAAUCUCCUGUCGCUGUUGCUGGGCUUGAUUGAUCCUUUGAAGAGGUCUACCUUUUUGUUUGCUCUCGAGUCUCGUCUCGAUCUCGAUCUCGACCUCGACCUCCAUCUACUGGUCAAUAGACAGCACCUGUCGAAAUCAUAUAGCUCAUCGCGCCAGUUCUUUCUGUUGUGCAUUACAAUCGUCUUUAAUUCCUCUUGUUUUCCUACAAGUAACCCUCUUUGAUCAAACCUAAUCUCUUGCCCGGAUCUUCUUUUCGACAUCAGUCUCCCUCGUCCCUACCAAUUUCUUGCAAGUUCGUUGGCGAUCGCAUUAAAGAAUCGUUCUUUGCGUCGCGCCACCUCCAUAACGGCAUCAGCUAGCGCGCGUGAGCCAUGCAGACUCUAUAGCAUCCAUCCAUCGAUCGAUCCGUCGCGCCAGCGUGCUGUGCUAGUCGGCAGAUCGAUCGGUGCAUCGCUGGUGGUGUUGCGCCGGCGGUAGAGCACCAUGCACGCCAACGGCCGCGGCGAGCAAUACUCGCCGACGUCGACCAAGUCGCCUUCCCCGCGCGGCGGCGGCGGCGAGCAUUACUCCCCGUCGGCCAAGACCCCGCGCGGCGGCGCGGCAUCCCCCAAGCUGCCGAGAAGCGCCGCCUGGCUAGUCGACAGCAAGUGGGCGCUGUCGGCGGCGCUCAGCCUCCUGCUGUUCCUCGCCGUCGCCCUCGCCGUGACGACCUUCUCCUCGUCCUCAUCGUCCUACAUCUCGGCGUCGUCCUUCUUCUCCUUCCUCCCGGCCAACCGCGCCGACUUUGUGGAGGCGCGCCUCCAGGAGCCUACGAAGACGUCCCAGUCGCCGCCCCCCGGCGCCGGCGUGCCGCGCCUGGCGUACCUGAUCUCGGGUUCCAAGGGCGACCUGGACCGUCUGUGGCGCGCGCUGCACGCGCUGUACCACCCGCGCAACCAGUACGUGUUGCACCUGGACCGCGAGGCCCCCGUGGCGGAGCGGCUGGAGCUGGCGGCGCGGGUGUCGAACAGCACCGUGCUCCGGCGCGCCGGGAACGUGCACGUGAUCCGGCGCGCCAACAUGGUGACGUACCGGGGCCCGACGAUGGUGGCCAACACGCUGCACGCCUGCGCCGUGCUGCUCCGCCGCGGCGGCGCCUGGGACUGGUUCAUCAACCUCUCCGCCUCCGACUACCCGCUCAUGACACAGGACGAUAUCCUGCACGUGUUCUCAACGCUGCCGAGGAACGUCAACUUCGUUGAGCACACCGGUUACUUAGGAUGGAAGGAGGGGCAGAGGGCCAAGCCUCUGAUCGUCGACCCGGGGCUGUACAGGUCCACCAAGCAGGACAUCUGGUGGGUCACCCAGAAGCGGGAGCUCCCCACCGCCUUCAAGCUCUUCACAGGGUCUGCGUGGGUGGGGCUGACGCGCGACUUCGUGGAGUACUGCGUGUGGGGGUGGGACAACCUGCCGCGGACGCUGCUCAUGUACUACGCCAACUUCGUGUCCUCGCCGGAGGGCUACUUCCAGACCGUGCUCUGCAACGCGCCCCGCUUCGUGCCCACCGUCGCCAACCACGACCUCCACCACAUCCAGUGGGACGUCCCGCCGCGCCAGCACCCGCACUCGCUGGCGCUCGCUGACCUGCCCCACAUGGUGCGCAGCGACGCGCCUUUCGCGCGCAAGUUCCCGCGCGACGACCCCGUGCUCGACGCCAUCGACGCCGACCUCCUCGGGCGGCCUCCCAGCAAUGGCACCACCGGCAUGUCGUUCGUGCCCGGUGGGUGGUGCGGCGCCGACGCGGCCUGCCGGGACGUCGACAACGACUGGGUGCUCAGGCCCGGGCCCGGCGCCGCGCGGCUGCAGAGGCUCAUGGACAGCAUCGUCAGGUCCGAGGCCUUCGCCAACAGGCAGUGCAAGUAGACUACCGGUCCUGAUUUCCCGCCACGUCUGUACACUACAAAUCAUCAGCAGAGCACAUGCAGAGAUGAUCAUAGCUUACCUCCGAUAUAAAUAUACACAUAAACAAUACUCCAUCUUGCUAGUCAACUUCAAAAGGAGGAAAAUACAUGCAUGUUUGUGUGAUCCAUGAGAAUGUGAUGUGAGUUCUCUUCUUGACCUGCUACUUGAUUCCCUUUUUCCCGUCUUCAACUCAACUCUGAAAUGUAGCACUGGCAAAACAGCGCUAAUCACUGCAA